UGACCGAGAAGAGGAGCCUUCUUUGCCAUAGCACCCCCCCUCUCCUCUCCUCCUCCAGACCGCCCUUUCAGCCGCUCUCUUCGACCUGUUGAGUGGGUUUUUUUACUUUCCACUUUCUAUUGCUCCGCAUCCUACAUCACCUGUCGUCAUGACAACCUCAGCCCUGCGCCGGCAGGUGAAGAACCUCGUGCACAACUAUUCAGAAGCAGAGAUCAAGGUUCGCGAGGCCACCUCCAACGACCCAUGGGGCCCGUCCUCGUCUCUCAUGUCAGAGAUCGCUGACUUGACCUUCAAUGUGGUGGCGUUUGCCGAGGUCAUGGGCAUGGUGUGGAAACGCCUCAACGACAGCGGCAAGAACUGGAGGCACGUCUACAAGGCCCUGACUCUGUUGGAUUACCUGCUGAAGACCGGAUCAGACAGAGUGGCCCAACAAUGCCGGGAGAACGCCUUCACCGUUCAGACGCUACGCGACUUCCAGUACAUGGACCGCGACGGCAGAGAUCAGGGCGCCAACGUGAGAGAGAAGGCCCGCCAACUGGUGUGCCUCCUCCGGGACGAGGAGCGCCUCCGCCAGGAGAGGAGUCAGGCCCUGAAGACCAAGGAGCGAAUGGCUGGGGGAGGCAGUGGAGGAGGCGGGGCCGGGGGGGGCGUCGUGUAUGGAGGCAUCCCUCCGUCUUACCAUCCAGGCAGGCGCACAAGCCAGCCCAGCAUGGCUGUGCUGUACGGGGAGGAGUUCAGCCGCUCCAGAGGCUCUCCCUCCUCCUUUAACUCCUCGUCUUCGUCGCCUCGCGCCGCGUCCGACCUGGAGCAGGCCCGACCACAGACCAGCGGCGAGGAGGAGCUGCAGCUCCAGCUGGCGUUAGCCAUGAGCAGGGAGGAGAGUCAGAAGGAGCAGUGCUGUCGUCAAGGAGACGAGUCUCUGUUACAGAAGGCCCUGGAUGAGAGCAGGAGAGAGAGCCAGUCAGGGACAGAGGAGUCGGCCAUGCUGGACCUGGUGGACAUCUUUGGCCCCUCAUCAGGGGACCCGCGUCGGCCGAGUGACCCGUGGAACUCUGCACCGCCCACCGAUGACAUCACCUCUGACCCCUGGGACUCUGUAGCGGUCCACUCCAGCACUCCUGUGAUUGGUAGCCCUUGGACGGCCCCUCCCUCAUCCUCCAAUGCGUCCAACCCCUGGGCGCCACGCACGGAUCCCUGGGAAGCAGCGCCGGUCUCCUCCAGUCCCGUCAAUCAUGCGUGGAACAGCCCGACGGACGGAGGUGGUGAUGGGACAGAUCCGUUCGCGGAUUGGAAAGAGGAGAACCCUCGACAGGAGAUUCCUCACGUGUCCUCCCCUCAACCUGCUAGUCCCACAGAUGCAGAGUUGUUCGGAGUGAAGGAAGACGAUUCUGACCCAUUUGCUGGAGAAGAUUCCAGCCCAGAUCCAUUUGGGACUGACCCUCCGAUGAAAGCCCUGGUAAACGGACGAGAGUCGUCCAGCCCGGAGAUGUUCGACCUGACCCGGCUGGCACCCCCGCUCAGCGGCCCGGCGACGCGCGUGUGUCGAACCCCAGAGGCCUUCCUGGGACCGACGGGGGCCUCGUUGGUCAAUCUAGACGCUCUGAUAAGCUCCAACCCCCACAGCAAGAUGCACAACAACCCCUUCCUCUCAGGUCUGAGCGCUCCGUCUCCCACCAACCCCUUCCGCUGCGACCAGCCUCGGCUCACCCUCAACCAGAUGCGACCGUCCUCUACAUCCCCGAUGCCCCCCCACAUGCUCUCUUACAGCCCGUCGCUGCCUCUCCCUCUGGCCCGUCAUGCUCCCAGCCUCCCCUCCUCUUUCACACAACCUCCCGCCGGACUCCUGGACCUUCCCUCCAACCUCCCGCAGCCCCUGCUCCCCCUCUCUCCUCGCCCGGCGCAGCGCUCCCAGUCGCAGACACACAGCCACAACCCCUUCCUCUAGGACCGCCUGCAUCGUUCAUGGGCCGGCAGAGCGAGACGACAGAAUGGAUUCUUUUUGGGGGGGGGGAUUAAUCUAUGCCGACUACAACAAGACUAUUUUAAAUGAGCCUGAACUGGAUCCUGGUCUGGUGUCAUUGUGCACACUCGAAGCCGUCAAAACUCGGACUGGAUGUAUUUGUGUCUGUCUAAAGCCACACCAGCUGCUAAAUACCCUGAACUCUUGAAGAAAAGCUAACACACACACAAAUACACACACACACAGGCAGACUCAGGCAUACUUAAAGGUGCAGAGACUCAAACAUGCACACACCAUCAAACUAGCAGGGUGUAUGUAUCUCAACCGCCCCUUUUAUGCCUUUCCCUAUCAACAGUGACGACCCCCUGAGCACCCUCUGACCACAGAGCCAGACCUGUUCCUUUAGAAGACCGUGAUGAAGCCACUUCAUUUGAUUGUGCACUAAGAGUCACAAGGAUCCGAACCGCUGCUGCAUCACCGACGAAAGCAUGAAUGCAUCCCGACCCCGAGACUCCAAACUAUUCUAUUCUGCUGAGCACUAGAGACUAGUCCUUCAAAUAAAUCCUCUAUUUUUUUCCUAAUGAGUCCAAUAGUAUCUUCAGAGAAAGCCUGGACGUGUGUUACUGUUAGAUUCAAGACCUAACAGACUCACGUAUCCCUCCCUACAUAUACACAACGAUAUCUAUUUUGCAUUACCUUGUGACCGAGCGAGUAUCUUGUCCUAUAUUUACUUUGUGGUCGUAGCCCCAAAUGGAUCCAGUUGGUUUCAAACUGGACUAAACUACACCCUACUGUCUCAAUCUGGACCUGAGCCGCUCACUGAUUGUAUCUGACCCGCGUGCCUGUCUCUACAGCUGACCCACAAUGCAUUUUCCCGGCUGGUUCAUAUUGGAGGACCUCAGGGAGACUGCUCCGUCCCUCCUUCAGUGAAAUUCCACCUUAGUGAAUGGAGAGGCGUUCGUCCACAGAUAAAACGGGGCAGAUAUGAGCAUAAAAGUGAGGGGCGACGUGAACAGAUUAAGGAUUAAUGAAAAUAGAUAAGAUACAAAUGAUUACAGAUGAUGAACUGAUGUAUUGGUUAGAAGUAGCUCCUUUCCUCUGCUCCGUGUUCACUUCUGUGUGAGGGACAAGAGAAUCCGACUCCGAGAUGUUUGGUCAUCACUGAACCUGAAUGUGAAAUGCCUGCUCAUAGAUACACGCAGGCGUAGUACAUAUGUAUUUAACAGAAUGAUACCCAUAAAGUAUUAUGCCAAUAAAUGAAUGGUGUUUAAAUUAUAAUUUAUAAAGUCUUCAUAUGAUUUAUUGAUGAAUUAUUGAUUAUUAUUGACUGUUUGUGCUGUUUUAUCACUGAGCAUUAUAUCAUUGUUAUUAUGA